AUGCAGGGCCCUCGAAAUGGCUCGACGGCUCUCUCGACCAUCCUGCUCGUCGCAGCGAACCUCCUGAUACCAGUCGCGAUCAUUGUAUUCGCGACAGGAUUCUUCCCUUACAAACCACUGCUCCCAGGCCUGGCAGCUUACGAUAAUACCGAGCAUGGGCCCCCACCGGCUGCACCGUUCGACCGGGUCGUCUUCAUGGUUGUAGAUGCCCUGCGGAGUGACUUUGUCUACUCCCCCAGCUCCGGCUUUCGAUAUACUCAAGCCCUGAUACGCGAUGGCUGUGCCAUUCCCUUCACCGCACACGCGACGUCGCCCACCGUCACCAUGCCGCGCAUCAAGGCCAUAACGACAGGCUCGAUUCCCUCCUUUCUCGACGUCAUACUGAACAUCGAUGAAGGAGACGAGUCAUCCUCCCUGGCUUCUCAGGAUACAUGGCUCGCCCAGAUGAAGGCAAAGGACACUGGCAAGCUGCUCAUGUAUGGGGACGACACCUGGCUGAAGCUGUUUCCCAACGUCUUCGACCGUGCGGACGGGACGUCGAGCUUCUUCGUCGCUGAUUUCACCGAGGUGGACAACAAUGUCACAAGACACGUCCCAGGUGAGCUUCAGAAUGACGAUUGGAGCACCAUGGUGUUGCAUUACCUCGGCCUAGAUCACAUAGGUCACAAAGGGGGACCGCGCAGCUCGAACAUGCUUCCGAAGCAGGUUGAGAUGGAUGGUAUGGUGGAACAGAUUUACGCCGCAAUCGAAUCUCAGCCUCACCUCCAGUCAACGCUUCUGGUGCUACUGGGAGACCAUGGAAUGAAUGAUGCUGGAAAUCAUGGUGGCUCGGCGCCUGGCGAGACCUCUCCGGCGUUAGUCUUCAUAUCCCCAAAAAUGAAGACGUUGAAGACCGCCUUUGAGGUGCCAAUGGACGUUCAAGAGGACUUCCAGUAUUACUCUGUUGUGGAGCAAUCUGAUCUUGCUCCUACACUUGGGGCCUUGCUCGGCUUUCCGGUGCCCAAGAACAACCUGGGCGCAUUCAUUGUGGACUUCCUGCCGUUCUGGUCUAACAAGGCCGAUCAGAUACAGAUUCUCAUGCGCAACGCUGAGCAGAUACUGGCUAUCAUAAAGACCACUUUCGGAGGGUAUCUAUUCGAGGUAGAGAGUGGCGGUGACACUUGCCUACAGCCGGAAGACGAGGUUGAAAAGCUGGCCUGUGGGUGGCGCCAAAUCGUCGAGUCCGCUCGAGCCAUGAAAAGCACGGGCGACGUAGAUGAUGUAUGGAUCUCUACCACGUCGGACUGGUUAAGAAAUGCUCAAGGCCUCCUGAGCAGCAUGGCCAGUAAUUACGAUAUGACGAGGCUCACCCUUGGCCAAGCAGCUGCCAUUUCAGCUACGUUAGUGGCGGUGUAUGCCACGUACUUGAACGCUGGCAGGCUGUCAGUGAGAGCCCUGCCGCUGACAGUCGUCACCAUCGCAUACGGCGUGAUGAUGUUUGCCAGCAGUUACGUGGAAGAGGAGCAUCACUUCUGGUACUACGCAACAACAGCCUGGCUCGCAUUCGUCAGCUGCAGAGGCUUCCACGGAACCUCAAAGUCGGCAGUAGGACAAGCAGUAGCAGUCGCCACCGUGGCCGUCAUGACCCGGAUCAUCAGAGGCUGGAACCAGACAGGCCAGAAGUUCGCCGGAGAGCCUGACAUUGUCAAAUCCUUCAUCAUCACCGAGCCAGUGCGCCUCUGGGCCCUCAUCAGCAUCACCUACCUCUGGAUCCACCGCGCGCUCCUCCAGGGCUUCGACGGCCUCCCCGCCUCCCUCGCCAUCUUCGGGAGCACAACCGUCGUCCUCGCCGGCUUCACCUUCAAGCUCGCCUUCACCAACGAGGACGCGCCCGAGCUCGUGACCGGGUUCGCCCGGUCCCUCGUGGGCGUCACAGAGGGCAUCCCGCUCGUCUCGCGCGCACAGGCGGUAUUCGUCGGGCUGGGCCUCGGCGCCGCGUGCGUGGUGCUCUUCGUCGCCACCGGCCGCAAGGUCUCGCGGCGCUCCUCGGCCGUCGAGACUCUGCACCACCUGUACACGCUGCUGGCCAUGACGCAGUCCCGCGCGACCAACAUCCCGCUGUUCCUCCUCUUUGACGUCCAGUACAAGUUCCUCGCCGCGCAGGACCUCUCCCUCGCCGAGCUUUCGACCACCUCCCUCCUGCUGCAGUACAUGUCCUUCUUCGCCCUCGGCGGCACCAACGCCAUCUCCAGCGUCGACCUGUCCAGCGCGUACAACGGCGUCCGGAAUUUUGACGUCUUCACCGUUGGCGUGCUCACGUUCGUCAGCAACUGGGCCGGCCCUCUGUACUGGGUGUCUGCCACCAACGUGCUGCUGGUGCGGAAGAGGAAGGCUGGUCUCGAGAAGGGCGUGUAUAGGCGGCAUGUGACGCUAUUGACUGUGUUCGCGGCUGCGAGUGUGGGGUCUGUGAUGGCGGCCUGUACCGCGCUGAGGACUCAUUUGUUUAUCUGGACGGUCUUCUCGCCCAAAUAUCUUUAUUGCAUGGCGUGGAGCCUGGGGCAGCAUAUAUUUGCAAAUGUAGGAUUAGGGGGCCUUUUGUACUGGCUAGGCUCAAGGCAAUAA